CUCGACUCUGACUACUAAUACAAAGCGGAUCCCAUUGAGCAGCUAGAUUAACCGGGAACUGACCGACGGGAGGAGACCGACAGAGAAGCGGACGGACUAUACUUUGUGUUUUUACAGUCAAGCUCAACCAUGAGUAAGGACACAGAGGUCGACAUGAAGGAAGUGGAGCUCAAUGAGCUGGAUCCCGAGAAGCAGCCGAUGACGGGUGAUGGCCCGGCACCGGGCGCGGAGAAAAAUGGCAGCGUCAAGGUGAAGGUCCCCGAGGAUGUGGUGACGUUCACCGGCCUGUCCAAAGAGGAGCUGAUGAAGGUGGCCGGCACUCCAGGAUGGGUGCGAACCCGAUGGGUGCUUCUCAUCCUGUUCUGGCUGGGCUGGAUCGGCAUGUUGGCAGGAGCCAUCGCCAUCAUCGUCCAGGCCCCUCGCUGCAAACCCCUCCCUGAGAUGAACUGGUGGAACGAGGGACCCCUGUACCAGAUCCCCGACGUCGUGGCUUUCGCAGAUGGAAUUGAAGGUGUCGAGGCAAAGUUGGACGCCAUGAACCAGCUUAAGGUGAAAGGCCUGGUUCUGGGCCCUCUUCACUCCCUCCAGGCCGACCAGCCAAGCACCCUGGAUCUCAAAGUAAUUGAUCCAACUCAGGGAAAAGAGAGCGAACUGGUGGCCGUGCUGGAAAAGGCCCACAAGAAGGGCAUUUCUGUGGUGCUCGACCUGACUCCAAACUACCUAGGAGCAGCUUCCUGGUUCAGUCCUGCUGAUACCAGUGAUGUGAUGGCUAAACUUAAGGCUGCAGCAGAACAUUGGCUGGCUCUGGGUGUCGACGGCAUCAAGUUCUCGGACUUGAGCGUCGCCACCAGCUCUGAUGAAUGGUCAAACCUGCAAGCUGUUGUCCUGGGAAACCACACCGAGGACAUGAAGAAGAGGGCCUUGAUGGGAGUAGUGGAAGGCCUUUCUCCCAACGAGUUGUCCCAGCUCGUCAAUACCUCCGGUGUGAACCUCGUCCUGUCCGACCUGCUCAGCACCAAAACUGCAGGUGUGGAGCGCAUCAAGGCCAUGGACAUCCUUCACGCGGACCAGAGAAGUCUGGCCUGGGGUCUGGGUGCCGCCCAGAGGGUCCAGCUGUCCACACUGGCAAAAACUCCGGCCCUGAUCCGUCUCUACCAGCUGCUGUUGUUCACCAUGCCGGGAACCCCUGUGUUUACAUACGGAGACGAGAUCGGCCUUAAAGCAGGAGGGGCGGGAAACUUUUCUAAAAUGGUUUGGGACAUCGAGAAGGCACCUGCAGAAGGAGCAGUAGUUGACGAGGCAGCUGAGACGGCGAGGAAGGAACAGGUUUCUAUAAUGAAGUGGUUCAAAUCCCUCAGUGAGCUGCGAGGCAAAGAGCGCUCUCUCCUCCACGGAGACUACUACCCUCUCUACUCCUCUGCCACCUCGCUCGCUUUCCUUCGUGUGUGGGACCAGAGCGAGAGAUACAUAGCGGCGGUCAACUGGGGAGACGCACCAGAGCCACUAAAGCUCUCGCUGACGCCUACAGAGGGAGUAGUGCUGCCAGAGAUGGCCACCGUGAGGCUGUCGGCCGGAAACAGUUCCUCGAACGCUCUCGCAGAAGAAUCCGAGGUCAGACUGGACAGUAUCACUCUAGAAUCAGGAGAAGCCGUCCUGCUGAAGUUCCCCUACACGGUCUAGAGAUGGCGCCAGACCACAGGGAGGCUGCAUACAGAUUAGUGUCAUUAAAUGAAGGAUAAGAAGGUCCCAUUCGUAAGGAAUCAAUUGGCAUAUUCAAAAGUAUUUUAUACAGUGAGAACAAAGGUAAAUUUGGGUCAAAGGAAACCUGCCAUAAAACAGCAGAAUAUUGGUCAGUUUAAACUCUUGGAUUUAUUUGAUCCUUUUAAUUGUUUUUCAAAGUUGUGUUUUAUUUUGCUUGUUUUUAAUUCUAGGAAAAGAUGCAACCAUCAUCUAUUGAGCAUUUUGUUCAUUUUGGUGAAAGACAUUCCAUUCGUGUUCUUUGGGCAUUUUAGCAGUCCUUGGUUUGUUUGUCAUUUUUACUUAAACCUUUUAAAAAGUUCUGUUUUUAAUGACCGUUUUACUUUCGCAAGGCACUAGGGGAAAAAACAAGUGACAAAUUUGAACAUGUGUGGUGCCUGCGUUUGAAGUAUUUUUUAAGAAGGCAAGACGACAAUAAUGCUGCAGAUGCUUUGAAUCUGUCAAGUGAACUCAAUUGGAAAUGAAUAAACAGUUUCUGAACCGA